UUUACGUCAUCGCCGUGCGCCGGAAGUAGGGGUAGAAGUCAGGAGAUGGGAGCCCGUCGCGCGCUGCACUUCGUGUUCAAAGUGGGGAACCGUGGCCAGAGCGCCCGCUUCUACCGCGACCUGCUGGGCAUGAGGAUUCUAAGACAUGAAGAAUUUGAGGAAGGCUGUAAAGCUACUUGUAAUGGCCCUUAUGAUGGAAAGUGGAGCAAAACAAUGGUGGGCUAUGGGCCCGAAGAUGAUCACUUUGUUGCAGAGUUGACCUACAAUUAUGGCGUUGGAGAGUAUCGACUCGGCAGUGACUUUCUGGGCAUGACUCUUGUGUCCAGCCAGGCAGUGAACAAUGCCAGGAAGAUGGGAUGGCCACUCAAAGAAGUUGCAAAGGGUAUGUUUGAAACUGAAGCCCCAGGAGGAUACAAGUUCUACUUGGAAGACAAAGAACAACCAAAGCAAGAUCCUGUGCUAAAAGUAACUUUGGCAGUCUCGAACCUGCAGAAGUCUGUUAGCUACUGGUCUGAUCUGCUGGGAAUGAAAAUUUAUGAGACGAAUGAGGAAAAGCAAAGGGCUUUGCUAGGCUAUGCAGAUAACCAGUGUAAAUUGGAGCUGCAGGGCAUUGGCGGAGCAGUGGAUCAUGGCACAGCUUUUGGGCGGAUUGCCUUCUCUUGCCCAAAGGAAGAGUUGCCAAACAUUGAAGCACUGAUGAAGAAGGAGAAGCAGAAGAUUUUAACUCCCCUAGUUAGCUUGGACACCCCUGGAAAAGCAACAGUGCAAGUGGUUAUCCUGGCUGAUCCCGAUGGCCAUGAAAUCUGCUUUGUAGGAGAUGAAGCAUUUAGAGAGCUUUCCAAGAUGGAUCCUAAUGGCAACAAGCUGUUAGAUGACGCAAUGGCAGCAGACAAAAGUGACGAGUGGUUUGCUAAGCACAAAAUGCAGAAGGCUUCUGCUUAGCUGAAGAGAAUUGUAUCAUAAAUGGUGCCUUUAGCUGCUAAACACCUGUGAAAUGUGUCCAGUUUUGCAGUCAUGUUGUCCCCAUUCAGUGAGAGAGUCUGCAAUGCCCUUUGAUUUAAUAAAAAAAUCCAGCUCUUUCUUAGAAGCUGGAUUCUCCUUGCAGAAAUCUGUAGGAGAAAAGGGGGAAAGUUACACUGUGCUGUGAUGGGUAGAUUGAGCACUUGAUUUCAUAAUGUGGGAGGUCAUGAACUAGUAAUAUGCCACCCUCUCAAGCUUUUCUCUUUCCUGUUGGAUUGAAAAAGACCAGAGUUUAGCCUAGAAAUGCGCUGAAUUUUUUUUUGGUAUUUUAGGUAGCAUAUAUUUACUGCAGUAUGUGUACUGAGCUAUCUUUCUGCAGGGAUUUAGGAGUGAAGAAUAACUCAAUUUCAAAUUCACCCUGUGGAUUAAGACCAGAACCAAUUCACUGCAUGCACUAAAACAAUGCUAGCAAGGGGGAUUUAGAUUAAAUUAUGGUAUUUUAUUCUAACUGGCAGUUCUCUUCCAAAUAAUUCAUGCUGCUAAAACUGAUAGAAUAAAAAUUCGUGGUUCAGAGCUGGGUGGAAAAAAGCUUUUUGGAAGUGUUGAAAUACUUGCUUUCAAAGCAAAGUAUAGAUUAAAGAAUAAAACAAAUCUUAUAUUGCUGGUUGGUUCCAUUCAUGGAAAAUGUAUUGGACAACUCCAGAACUUAGAACUUCCUGCCAUGAAGUGAAAGGGACAACAUUAAUUGUGCUUUAAUAGCAAAUAGACUUAGUAUAUGUUACAGCGCAUUUUGUAAGGUCAGUGGCUUUAGCAAUGCUUGGUCUGCUGCACAUGGAAAAGAAAAAGCCUUGGGGUAGCUACUGUUUGUUGUGAACAGUGCAUGUAUUGUGUUUUUAUGACCUAGAUUAAAGCUGGAACUGAGAGCUUGUCUACACCGGGAAAUUGAUCAGCAUAAUUACCAUAAUAAAUAUCUAGCUCUUAGUGGAAUAGCUAUGCAGGUCAGUUUCCCUAUGUAGGCAAAGCCUGAGGCUGACAUCUAGGUUUUGAUUCUGACAAAAACCUCCCUGAAGCCAGAUGUAGAUGGAUAGCUAGUUGCUGUUAGCUGGCAUAUGAUUAAAAUGGUUGCACAUAGCUUAUCUUUUUUUUCCAAAUAAACAUCAAACAAAUCACUGCAGUACUAAUGAGAACGCCGUGAUGAACUUGGUAUAAAUGCCUAAGUCAACAGAAUGUAAAGUACAUGGACCAAGCUUCUUAGCUUCCAAACCAUCAAGACACAAAGGUCUGACAUAGACCUCAAAAUACUGGGCAAAAUCAAUGGAUGGAAUGGGCGGGGGGGGGCAAAAUUCUUAGACACAUUAACCAAUUCUCAGCAUGUUUCCUGUAUGCAGAAUUUCUAAAGAAUGAUGCAGUGACUGAUUUGGGAAGAACCAAUAUAGAGUUUAAAAUGUGUGACUGCACAGCUGAGAAAUCUGCUCAGGUUAUGUCUUCAAAAACUUUGUUUUGUCUCUGUACUGCCAGUGUAACUGUUCUUUCGUUUCCGCACUCAGCAUAAAAUUCUGGCUCAAGCUCAAACCAUCCUUUCAGGCCUGAGGAAACGAGGUUAUUUUGGAGAAUGAGGAAAGCUGAGGAUAGGCCUUAUUGGACUAGUUCUGUCCUAUGGCUUCCAUGCACAUUAAGCUGCAUUGUAUCUGUCUGCUAACUGCAGCGCACCAAACACUUGACAUUCCAAAUGGGGGUUACGUAGCCAGUCAGACUUUGUUAUUUGUGAGCAGGGAAGAGUAAAGUGACAAAUGAGCAGCUGUCUGGAAAUGAGCUUUGUUGUUAACUGUGUUAAUUUAACAACUUGUCUUCCUUUGGGUUGAACCGACUUCAUGCCUGCUAUUGCUGAUAGAACUGUAGGAUCAGCAUGUUCUGAAUAAAUAUCUACAAUA